GGGACGAUUACUCGACGGUGCGUCGCUUUAGAUUGCAGUGGAAGCGGGCGAGCAGUCCUCCCAUUGGUGCUCCACGCUUCGAGCUACUCGUUUUCUCGCGUUGAGACGCUGCUGUCGAAAAAACCGCAGCAACGACUGCAGCGCAUUUUGUAGCGCAUUUGCAGCGCGUUCGCAACGCGCGAGCCGCUGCCGACAUGACGGACCACGUCUUCGCCCUCGGCACCGCCACCACCACACCCAUCACACUCAAUGAUGAUGAGGAGGUCCUCGCGGCCACUGCCGACACGAACGACGAGUUAGUACUGGUGACGUCUAGAAGAGUCAUUGUCAUCGCAGACGACGCGCAGCUCAGUUGUGAUUUUGCGGACAGAGCGACGGGCGAAGGGCCACCGAGAGCCUGCGUCGCCAGAAAAGGCGAAAGGAUCGCGGCGUUACUGUGGCGAGGUGAUGAGGAAGGGACGAAGCCCGAGGCGGCCUUUUUUGAAGUGCAAGAAAGAUUACUGAGACGAACGGCGUCGGGCCGCAAAACGUCGGGACGGGUCCCCCGUUGGUUAUUGGCGGCGAAAGGUGCCAAGGGCCACCUCUCCGCGAUCACGCGCUGCGGCGCGUUAGUGCAAUUAUCCUGGCGCGGCAAAUCCGGGGAGAAGGCGAAAGACAUGCGGGUCGUGCCCGCGGCGGUAGGCACGGACUUGCAAGUCUUUGACGCGCGGUCGUCCGACUCUGGCAGGGUCGCGGCGGUCGUGCGGCAACGCUCAGAAAUGCAUAGGAAUGCCGGGGCCUUCGUGGCGCUGCUCGAGCCGGUACGUGCGUCCCGUGUCCUUCGAUAAUUCUUCACUAAGUCAUUUCUUCUCGGUGAUGACGCGGCCGUGCUGGCUCCGUCGAGCGGUUAGAAACCGGCAUCGGCACGCCAUCGAGCAGGCGUCGCGUCGAUGGCGUAGAGGUCGACGCGACGAUUCAGCACGACCGGCUGAUGAAAUCUCACAUGAAUACCAACGCAGGACAAGAAUCGACGAAGGCGCGUCUGCGAGAUGACUUCGCUAAGUUUCGGCGAACCUCGAGGCUGCGACAUCGAGCGGAGCGGGGAACGAGUCGUCGUCGCGUGGGAGCAUGGUGUGACCGUCCACAAUUUUGAUGGAGGCGAGCCGUUACUCGCACGAGUUGUCGAGCGGUGUCACGUGCGGUGGGUGCCCCAUGGCGACGCCUUUGCACUAGCUUCACAGAACGAGUGGCACUUAGUAUCAACGGCGAACGGUACGAUCGCGCGCGGUUCCCUUGAGAAGAUAAAAACUCUAGCCUGCGGCGCGACCCAAGUCUGGGUUUCUGGUGAAGAUGGUGUCACGCGCAUACCCCUCGCCUUUAACGAUGGCAGAACGCCCAUCCUGCGAGGGCGGGACCACGUCGUGUGUGUCAAGGGAAGUGACGCGUGGCCGCGCUGUUCGUUAGAGGCGUUAGGCUUGGCGCCGCCAGCGAGGUGUUGCGCCGUCUCUAGUAAUAGAGUGGCGGUCGCCGGAAGUAGUAAGGGCGCCGCGAUUGCGGAUUUGACGAGUGGCGUCGUAACGGCGUGCUUCCCUAGUGAUCACAUCAUGGAUGUGAUGUGGUGCUUUCCCCUUUUAUUAGCUGUUACUUCCAAAAAUCAGGUCCAAUGCUUUUGCGACGGCGUCCACAUGGCCGUCGACGGCGCUUCGCUGACAGACGUCGCGCGGUGCCUCUGCGCGCGUAAAGAUGGCGACACGUAUCAUGUAGCGUAUUCAUCAACACAAGAUACGGCCAAGGCCUUUAUGUUAAGACCGGGCAAGGUCGUCCAGGGCGAGGACAAGUUUUUUGUUUGUGAGACGCUACCAGAUGAGUUAGUAAUAGGGCCUAGAGGACGGGCAGCUUGGGCCUCGGAUCAAUUGAUUAUCUUGGAUCACGGUAUCGUGAGGACCAACGAGGGCAUCAUCGCGAGGGGUGUGGAAGCAAUAGCCUCCGCGUCGAAAGGCGUGGUACUGUUCAGUGAGCAGCGGACGUGGGCCUGGUUCCCCGGUGAUGUUUUUAUGGAGGAAGAGGAGGUCCAUGACGACGUCGAAGCGGUGGCUCUGGAAGACCUCGAUCCGUUCCGGGCGCACUGCGGCUUCGCCGGCGACGCGCGCGUCGUGGUCCAGGCGCUCCGGCAGAAUGACACAUACGAGCCCAUCGCCCACAUGUCCUGCGCCGAUUUGUUGGGCGCCGUCGUGCGAGCUUGUGUCUCAAGGUGCUCGGCGCGCUUCGCGGCUUCCGUACAACAAGCGGACGUCGGCAUUGCCUUCGACCACUUCGCGGCGGCUGAAAAUCCGUUGGUGGAUGGAGAUAUAAGGGAGGCAUCAAUAGCGUUGGCUGAGGCGUCGGAGGAGGACGUGACGAACGCGCUGGCGAACCACGUCGCCGAGAGCGCCGCGCUCGCUUCACGUGGCGACGCCGAGGCGGCCUUCGCCUCUCGAGCGUUACUGUGGCUCGCUAGGCAUGUCCUGAAGGAGGGCGGCUUACUGAGAGUGGCGUGCCGCGCCGCGCGGCCGCUCGAGCCGGACGAGCUCGAAGCAUUAUUCUUUCAUGGGAGGGCCCUGGCGCCUUCAUCCAGCGCUUUGGACGCCUACGCGCGCUUGGAUGCGCCGCGCGGUCUUUUUACGAGAUGCCUCCACCUCGGAGAGUUAAGUACCGCGGCAGAGUUGCUACCAUUGGUGUCUGCUGGUUUAUAUGAUGACGACGAUGCCGUGAAAGCUAGAAUGGAGAUGCUCGGGGCGUCGCGCGAGUUAUUAUGGCGCACGCUCGGCGGUAGAGAUGAUCAUGCCCAAUUGGAACCGGUCUGGCGCUUCGCCCGGCGGUGCGAAGGCUCGACGGGAGACAAUUCCUACUCGAGAAUCGACGUCACCUUCUGCGACUGGGACGACGCGGACUGGGACGCUCGUACUGCGACGACGGACGAGGUGGCUUGUAGAGCUAUAGCCCGCCAUCUAGCUUGUGCUACACCUUCCUCAAUAAGACGGGCGGCGGAGUGCUGCGUUUCAUUACAAAACUGUGAAGAGGGCUGGCCCGACGCGAUUGCAGUGAGACGUUGCGUCGUGAAAUUUCGGUACCAGCAGGGGUCUGUUCUCAAACAUGUGGUCGCGCAUGCUUUGGAUUCGCUGGUCGCGGCGUUCGGCGAAGAAGUUAUUCUAGGACUCGUGUCGACGAAAGACGUGGAGCGGUUGCAGUCCCAGCGGAAGCUGUGCGAGGCGCUCCUCGCGUUCUGCCACGCGUAUAAGAUAGACGGCUUCCGCGCGGCGCUGUCGGUCGCCCUGGGCGUGCACGCCCAAGGCGUCGCGCCGAAGCUCGCGGCGGCGGUCUACAAGGCGUUCGAGCGGUCCGGGGCGGCGCCGGACGUCGUCAGCCGUGCGGAGCAGGGCUCCGUCUUCGCCGCACACGCGAACCAGCGCUCCUUCUGCGCCUAGUUAUAUGUUAAUAUGUGAUAGUAGUCUUGUUACCAACGGGGAAGGGAAUCUUUUCUUGAAAGCGAGCGAGCGGGGACGGA